CGUCCACUCUGACCAACCGGGGAGCAAUAACAAUCACACAAUGUCUGCUAAGGGUCUGGUGUCUCUCGUGGUGGUGCUGGUGACUGCAGUGUGUGUGGUUCACGCACAGGAGAGGAUUCAGAUGUGCGGGAGAGAGCUGAUACGACUGGCCGUGUCCUCCUGCGGUAACUCUCGGCUGAGGAGAAGCAUCCCGGACUUAGAGCCCGAGCAGCAUCAACUCACCUCUUAUUGGAACCAGUAUCCCUCUGAAGAAGAGCUCCAGGCUACCGACACGGUCCAUCCCGAAACGGACGGGGAGAAGGGUGUCUUCUCCUCGUACUCACUGUCCUCUCGGGUUAGACGAGCCGUUGGAAAAAUAUCAGAUAUUUGCUGUGAGAAAGGAUGCAGCAUGAAGGAGUUGAUCCAGUUUUGUUAGAUGUAGCCACCUGCUUGUAAUGCAAUAAGUACAUCAUCCUCACUGUGUACUGACCUUUGCCGCAUGGAACCUUUCACCAAGUGGCCUUAUCCUCGACAAGAAUGAUUUGAAAUAUUUCCAUUUAUGUAUCAUUUCUACAAAUAAUACACAUCAGUAAUUCUAGAUUAGAUUUGAUUAUAGUCCUACUGUAGGGCAAAAUGAUUACACCUUACAAUACAAAGCCUGUUAUUACAAAGAAAAUCAAAUUUUGUUUAUUUUGUUUUAAUAUCAUUUAUUUUUAUCAUAGAAGAAGUUUGCAGUCCUGAGCGAACAGUAAAAUAAAGCUUUUGGUGAUUAUUCAUAAGAGUCAAU